AUGGCCGAGAAGGGCGACUUCGAAGAUCCAGGCCCAAAACAUCUCUCCGUGUUCCGUCUCGUUCUCGAUCAAGCUCGAGUCACCCAAGAAGUACUCAAGCACCCGUAUCCAGGUUCGGGCACACGCGAAGAUCCAUACAUCGUCUCCUAUAUCCCAAAUGAUGUCGGCAACCCUUUCAAUUGGACUACAUCUCGAAGAUGGACGAUCAGCUGGAUCGUGGCCGUUGAGAUGCUGGCUGCGGCGUUCGCCUCGAGCACUUUUAGCGGAAUGAUUCGGGAGCUGAUCUUCGACUUCGGCGCCAGCACCGAGCUGAUCACCGCAGGCAUUUCACUUUUCGUUCUGGGAUUUGCGACAGGACCGCUUCUAUGGGCGCCUCUGAGUGAAAUUUACGGCCGCCAAAUGAUGUUCUUCAUCAGCUUUUGCGGGUUUACAGCUUUCAACGCAGCCUGUGCUGGCGCCAACAGCAUCGGCGCCCUUUUAGUCUUGCGAUUCUUCGCAGGUGCAUUCGGCUCGUCCCCUUUUACCAAUGCUGGAGGCGUGAUCGCGGACAUCUUUCCAGCAAGUGAAAGAGGCUUAGCAAUGGGUAUCUUCGCUCUUGCCCCUAGCAUGGGACCAACUAUCGGACCUUUCUGCAGUGGCUUUCUCGCAGAAAAUCAAGGCUGGAGAUGGGUCAUGGGGCUUUUGGCAAUAUUCUCCGGAGUGCUUUGGAUUCUUGGGGCGGUCUUUGUCCCCGAGACCUAUGCUCCAGUCAUCCUUCGACGACGAGUGGACAAGCUUUGCAAGAUGACUGGAAAGGUGUACAUGCUGCAAGCAGAUAAGGAGAAGGGUCGACCUUCGCUGAAGUCGCUCUUGCCUACAGCUCUGCUCAGGCCAUGGAUCCUCCUUUUCAUGGAACCAAUUGUCCUGCUGUUGUCACUGUACAUUGCAAUUGUCUAUGGCACCCUCUAUCUUCUGUUCGGCGCUUAUCCGAUCGUCUUCCAACAAGUACGUGGCUGGUCCGAAGGGAUUGGCGGCCUUCCUUUCCUCGGAGUUGCCGUUGGACAAGUGCUCGGCAUUGGAUUCUCGGGCUAUGCGAACAAAUGGUACCUCAGGGCGGCUGCAAAGAAUGGUGGCAUCGCUCCAGCGGAAGCACGACUCCCACCAGCCUUUUACGGGGCAACCGCUGUACCAGUCGGCCUGUUCUGGUUCGCUUUUACAAAUUCGCCAUCGAUUCAUUGGAUCUCGCCCGUCCUCGCCGGUGUGCCAUUCGGCUUCGGCUUUUGCAUUCUUUUCCUUGUGGUCACCAACUACCUGAUCGAUUCAUACACCGUGUUUGCGGCAUCGGUGCUCGCGGCAAACACCGUGCUCAGGUCGCUAUUCGGUGCGGCUUUUCCUCUCUUCACGCCCGAUAUGUUCGAUCGCCUGGGAAUACAUUGGGGGAGCGCAAUCCCGGCAUUCCUGGCAGUGGCCUGCGUUCCGUUUCCCUUCAUAUUCUACAAAUAUGGUGCGGCAAUUCGCAGCCGCUGCGUCUACGCUGCUCGAGCGGAAGCAGCCAUGAACGAACUGCGGGCCAAAGCCGCUCAUAAUAUUGGCCCGUCAGCUGUCGCAGCAUCGUCAUCGCAGAUCACUCUGGAUGUUGUCGAUCGAGAGGCAAAUGCAGAAGCAUCUGGGUCCAGAUUCGAGCCCAUCAAGUCUGCCCUUGACGGUGCUGAUCGGACGGAGUUGACCAAGGUCAAAUCAUAUACUGGCAGUAUUACGGAAGCAGCCAACUACAACGCCAGUCCCUACGAUAUCGACCGCGUCAACACAUCCACGUCUAUAGCUGGGUUGGACCUGAGCAGGACAAGAACGAACAAAUCGAUCGACCGAUGA